AUGUACAAGGAUCACAUCACUACGAGAAGACAACUGUCUUCUGAUAUGUACUACAAAUAUGAGGAACUUUAUUCCAGACCAUUCAUUACACCUGGUUCUGACAUCCCAGAGAACCUCCUCAACCUCUCUCACUCGUUUGGCUAUGACUGUCAGCGCAGAGAAAACCUGCAGCUGCUGGAUGAUAGAACACUGAUUUUUAUAGCUGGUCAGCUGAUCAUACUGCUAGAUGUUUCCACCAAGCAGCAGAGGUACCUUCGCUCCUGCAGCGGUGGAGGAAUUGGCUCAAUCGGGGUGCACCCAAGCAAAGACCACUUUGCUGUAGCAGAGAAGGGAAACAAGCCACUGCUGAUAGUUUAUGAAUACCCUUCAUUACAAGCAUACCGCAUCCUCAGAGAUGGCACAGAGCGUGCAUUCAGCUCCGUCAACUUUAACAGUGACGGGAGUCUUCUGGCCAGCCUGGGCAGUGCCCCUGACUACAUGCUGACAGUGUGGAACUGGAGGCAGGAAGAAGUGAUGCUCAGGUGCAAAGCCAUUUCACAGGAAGUGUACAGAGUGAGCUUCUCGCCAUACAACCCUGGACUGCUGACAUCAUCAGGAUCUGGACACAUCAAGUUCUGGAAAAUGGCCAACACAUUUACUGGUCUCAAACUGGAGGGGCUUAUUGGCCAUUUUGGAAAAACUGCAGCUACUGACAUUGAAGGCUACAUAGAACUUCCAGAUGGAAAGGUGGUGUCUGGCUCCAACUGGGGCAACCUGUUGCUGUGGGAUGGAAACGCCAUUAAAGUGGAGCUCUGCAGCAAGGGAGGACAGUGUUGUCAUGCAGGGGUUGUCAAGCCUUUUGCUUUGGAAGAUGGACAGCUGUUGACUUUUGGCUCCGAUGGAGUCAUCCGGGGCUGGGACUUUGAGACCAUUGUUACUGCUGAAGGCAGCUGCGGGAGCAGCAAGUUUGAGGUCGAGCCAAUGAAUGAGUUGGUGGUUGGACAUCAUGUCUGCUUGUCCUCGAUAGUGAAAAGCUCUCAACCUGACUCUAAUGUUUGGUUUGCUCAGGAUUCCACUGGAGCCAUUUGGAAGCUGGAUCUGUCAUUCAAAUACACAACUCCUGAUCCCGAGUGCCUGUUUUCCUUCCACGUUGGGCCGAUCAAGGGUCUGGAUGUGUCAAAGAAAAGUCAUCUCAUGGCGACAACUUCUCUGGACCGCUCAGUUAGAGUCUUUGACUUUCUGGCAAAAACAGAACUGACCUGUAGCCGCUUCAGUCAGGGUGGAACUGCUCUCCACUGGGCUCCCCCUGUGGUCAGCCAGACUGGAAGUUUGCUCGUGACGGGCUUUGAAGAUGGGGUGGUCCGCUUACUGGAGCUUUUUGACCCCAAAGGGGUGCACAGCUACAAAGGAGGCGCUCAGCUGCGCCUCAAACAGGCCUUCAAACCCCAUAAUGCCCCUGUAACUGCCGUGGCAUAUGAAUGCAGUGGAAAAAUAUUAGCCACAGGGAGCUCAGACCGCACUGUGUUCUUCUUCACUGUUGGGGAAACGUACGAGCCAAUCGGUUUUGUCUCUGUUCCGGGACCAGUAGAGGUACUGGAGUGGUCACCUCAUUCCCAUAAUGACAACAGGUUGCUAAUCUUGUGUCAAAGUGGUCAUAUUACGGAGGUACCUUGUCCUGAUCCGAAAGCCCUGAAGCUAACCAAAUCCUACGAGCUGCUAGAACUGCCCAGAAGAUCCUUCUACUUCAAGAGCGUCAAAUCUCGAAUCAAGAGAGAGGAUGGAAUUGCAAGGCGACAAGCUGUGAAGGAAAAGCGACAGGAUGAGGGAAAGGAAAUUACACAAGAAGAAGAGGGGGAGAAAAAGGAGGAGGAGUUGCCCUCUAUCUAUAUCCCUGACCCCCCUAGUCCUCUCCACUGGGGGUUCUAUUCAAAGCCGGGUCAGUUCUGGCUCUCUAUGGGAGGAUUUGACGCAGGUUUCUUGUACCACUGUAAGUUCUCAGACAAUCAGGAUGAGGACCCAGACCAACGUCAGGAUGAGCCAUUUGACUUCCUUGUGAUCCACAAUGCAGAUGAUGACUCUAUUUGUUCAGUCACCUUCAGCUCCAACAGGCAGCUGAUGCUCUGUGGCAUGCACUCAGGCUCCAUCAGAGUUUAUCCUCUGGACCCUGAUGACCACUCCCUAACCUCCAUGCAGGCGUACUGGGAACUGAGCGUCCACGACAGCAUUUAUGGACACCUACGAAACAUAUGCUGCAGCCAUGAUGAUCAUUUUGUGCUGACAGCAGGAGAUGAUGGGAACAUCUUCUCCUUCAGUCUGCUUCCUCUUGAGGAGCUACAGAAAACCUUCCAGAGAAAAAGGGCUACGGUUCCUUCACCAAGGGUGGAUCUUGAGAAUGAGGAGUUAGCGCAAGACAUUGAUGACCCAGCAGCCAACAGCUUAGAGAUGGCAAAACAGAAGCUGGAGAAAGACCGUCUGUGCCGGGAAGCUGAGAGGAAGAAAUCCGACAAGCGAAAAAAGCUCAGUGAGAUUCAGGACAUGUUUAAAAAACUGCUGAAGGAAAACCAGGAGCUGCCAGGCCAUAUCCGGUUAACACCCACGGAGCUGCAGCUGGACCCACGUUUCGCAGAGCUGGCUGAGAUAGAGAAAGCUGGGAAAUUGAAGGAGGUCCAAGACCAGAUGAGUUGGGAAGAGGAGCACUCCCGUAUAGCACUCAACAAACUACAGAAGUGGUUCAAUGGCUCUCCAGAGUCUGAUGUACUCACUGUGUUCGCCAUCCAUACUGGCCACAAAGUCUCCACAUAUAAUAUUCCUGAACUUUCUUCAGUACACAUCCAACAACAAUGCAGGUCCACUGAGUCCAGCGGCAAAGAAACUGCUCAAGGGGAACGUCGAAAAUCCAAAGACCAACCUGUGAAAGGCAGCAGCGAAAUAGAUGAGGAGGAUGUGCCUCACACCCUGGUGACUCAUUCUUCAGGGGUAAAGCUGGCAGAUCGGCAGAUCGAGAGGCUCCAAAAGGCUGCAGAGAAAGCUAAACAAGCACAAGCAAAGAUUGAGAAACGGAAGCAGGAAUGGGAUAAACUUUACGCAGAGAAGCCGAAGAAGAACUGCGAGGAUCCGCGAGAUGUGCAGGCCAUCUGUGAAGCCAAAGAGAACAUUGGAGACUUGAAACUUAAGACAGAUAAAGACUUCACUGUACCAAAACACCUGCGAAUGAGUGCAGACAGAAAGAAAGCCGAGAUAAAAGACCUGGAGGACAACAUACGAGAGAAACAGACUGAGAUGAACAGAGAGAUCUGGGCCUUGCGAGACUGCAAACUUCACCUUGUAGCAAAACUGCAGGUGCAAGCUCAGCAGCUCCAGAGGGUCCAGAAACUUCUGCCAUCCCAUCUCCACCGCCAUCCACCACCCUUGCCCACUAUACGACCGGAGGAAAUCCCAGACAAGAGGCAGCGAUGCAGCCCAGCUAUCCUGGACAGAUACAGGGUGCUGAGGGAGCAGAGGUCUCAAUGCACAGAACUGAAGGAUCCGGAAGUGGGUUUGCUCAAGCAACUGGAAGAAGAGGUGGAAGGUCUGGAGGAAGCAGAGGAAAUGGGAAAAUACUCAUCUGUAGCCAUUGAGGAGGAAGAAGAAGAAGAGCCUACAGAGGAGCAAGAAGCACAGCUGAGCGAGGAGAACAAGCAGAGCAAAUUGCUGCACAUACAGGACUCUAUCCUGGAGAAGAUGGAAAGGUUGGUGCAUCAGUUUGACAAGGAGCACUUGAUGUGCCUGAACAAGGUGGAGAAGCUGGAAUGGAUGCUCAAACUUGGCAACCUUCGGCAGCUGACACUUUUUCAGGAACUGCUGCUCCUUAAGGAGGUGGACAAGAAUGAGAAAACCUUGCAGGAGAAGCUCAACAUACGUCUGAAGGAGGAGAACAACUUGAUGUCUAAGCUGGAGGAGUCUCAGGAGGAGCUGGAACUGAAGCAUAAAGACAUAGCGAAGGUGCAGGAGAGAGAGAAGGCCGUAUCUAAAGCCUUUCGGGCCUCGCUGGGUGAUGACAAGAAAUUUGAAGAGUAUCUCUUCAAAGUGUUCAAGAAGAAAAUCAAACGUAUCAAGAAGAAGGAGCGGGUGGGAGAUGAAGAAAACGAGAAUGACAGUGGUGAAGACUUUGAUGAUUAUGAAAACUGGGAUGAUGAUGAGGAGGAUUGGGAUACACCGGAGGGAGAAGCUGCUGUUGAGGAAUGCCCUCCAGAUUGUGACCCAAAGCUGUUUGAGCACAUACUGCAGUUGCGUGAACGUCGACUGGACCUGGAAGAACGGCUGGCAGAGGAGAAAAAGAGUGCUGACGUUCUGGAGAGAGAAUGCGACACGCUCAUUAAAAAGUUAAAAUCAGUGCAGAUCAGUCGCAAGGCAGCAGAGGAUGACUUAGAGCAAGUUAACAGAGAAAAACAGCAGCAAAUGAACCAACUAGAUGUUGUGGUUCCUCUUCGGCUGCACCAGAUCGAGUUUGAUGUCAAUGGCCCUGUGCCUUCGGACAUGAGCUCGGCGUUGGUGCUCACCAGGACAGAGCUGCAACGUCUGCAGGAACGAGUGAAUCAGCUGGAGGCGGAAAAGAGGCAGCAGACAGAAGUCUACAGUCAAGCCCGUCAGCAGUACACCAGGCUAGUUCAAGAACGAAAAGACAUGAGCGCUGAGAUCCAGUCGCUGGAGAAGCUAUGCAAUCAGCUCAUGAUGAGAAGGUUUGGGAGGGAGGUGGAUCUGGAGGUUCUGCAGACGCUGUCAGGCAACAGGAUGGUUGAGGAGCUGAAGCAGCAAAAACUCCUUCAAGAAGCUGCAAACGCCAAAGAAAUCAAAGAGUGGGAUAUAAAAGUACAAAAGGCUCGUGAGGUCCUGAUGAGGAUGACAAGGAGCAACACAGAACGCCUCCUUUGCUUGAAUAGCCUCUUUGAACAGAAGAAAGAGCUGGAGCAGAAACUUGACGCAAGGCAGAAGAAAAUUGAGAAACAGCUUCAAGACUUCAGCAGGCAAAGCGACAGAAAUGAAGUGUGGCGUCUUCAAGAAUUGGUGAGAAAACAGGCCCAGCAGGUGGAGGCCCUCAGCAGAGAGAUCAGCUUUCUUUCACGUAAAGGAGGUCACGUUCUGCUGAGCAGCCACAACCAGCUGCCUCCCCUUGUUCCUUGGACCAAGCCCACUGUGCAGACACACACCAAGGAAGCAGGUGGACUGCAUUCUAACAAGCGAGACGGGAAGGCAUGGAACUGAGUGGAGGUUUAUCAACAGAAGACUGGAGUCACAAAAUGAAGAGAGUACUUGGAACGUCAUGAAGUCAUCUACCUAAACAUUAUCAGAAUCAAAAUGCAGAGAUGUGGACUCAAGUCAUGAUCAAAUUCACAAUUUUGAUGACUUUGGGCUUGACUUGACAAUAUCAUCAAAGACUUGCAACUCAACUUGGACUUUGACAUCAUUGACUGGACUUGACUGGAACUUUAGUCUGAUGACAUGAAAAUACUUAACUUUUGGUGUGUGUGUUGAGUAAAAUGUAUCCCGAUUCAAAGUAUUCGACUAACGUGACCAAUGUUAUAUAAUUUCCAGCAAGACAACUAAUUUUCCCCACAGAAUCUGCCUCAUUAUUAUUGAAUGCGUCUAUAAAAGAUGACACUCGCAAAAGACUGAUUUUCUCCCCCGUGUCAAGAUGAGACAGGAACCUUUUUUUUUUAGCUUUGACUUUUCUUUUCGGAUCUAGUUAAUGAUGAAUGAAGUUUAUGUUUUAAAUUUAUUCUCAAUGAAUUACAAAGAGUAGGGGUAGGCGACAUAGGAAAGGUUGGUAUUGAUUCAAUACCAAGUAAA